AGCUUACUGCAAUCACCGGUAAGUGGUGAAAUCCACGGCGCACAACGUUAAUCAAAGCAUACACCGUACGACAAUCUAGGCUGAUUUACUGGGCCCUUCAUUGCAGAGCUGUGAUUGGUUGAUUGCCUUUAGCCCCGCCCCUGCCCUUUGACCUUGAGCGGCGAGAUGAAGGCGGAGCUUCAGGGGACGUCCAGCUCUUUGGGGCGGAGUCUAGAGAACAGGAUCCUGGCCCAGGCUUCUGCCACCCACUCCCUGACCCAUGCCCAGAUUGGCCCCUACUGCGUCCCUCCGUCAUGGGUCCACCAGCUCUCCUCCCCUUCCCUCCAGCCCUCCCACCUCUCCUCCACAAACUCCUCCCUCCAGCUCUCCUCCUCCCUGUUCUCCUCUACUGACCCCUCCCUCCUCUCCUCCACUAGCUCCUCCCUCCAGCCGCCCUCCUCCUCCCUCUUCUCCUCCCCCCUCCUCAGCACCCAGAACCACCUCCUCCAGAGUGCCCCUCUCCUCCCAUCGCUGGCAUCCCCUGCUGGGCUCCUGCUGCCCCCCUCAGCCCAGCCCCCUGCUGCUGCUGGGGAGGAGGUCCAGGAAGGAGGGAAGGGGACAGAGGUGGAGAUUCUAGACUCAGAGGAUCUGGAGACCCCCAUGGAUGAUUGGAGUCAUGUCUCAGAGGACGGCAGCUGGGCUGGCAGCCAAUCGGAUGAGUCCGCAGAGAUCGAUGCCCCGGACAUGUGCGCGUGUGAGGAAGAGGAGCAGGUGCCUGUGCUGGAGGGUGAAGAGUUUGGAGAGGUAGAGGAGCGCAACAGUGAGCAAGAGGAAGAACUGAAGGAUAAGAAGUACCUGUUGCUGAACGCAGUGUGCUCCUCGUUGGUGCAUAAGGAUAUUAACCCAGGGCAGGAGGACUGGGAUACGGAGAACAGUGUGUGGAUGGGGAUAAAGAGCCUUGCACAGCACAUAUCCCAGAGUGACCCUGAGUUCCUCCUGAAGGUGGCAGUGUACACCAGGCAGGAGCUGAACAUUCGCAUCACGGCCAACUUCCUGCUGGCCCUGGCUGCCCACCUGCCGGCCACCAAGCCUCACCUGCGCAGGUACUUCGGCGCGGCAGUGCAGCUGCCCUCUGAUUGGCUGGAGGUGGUGAGGAUCUACAGCACGUGUUUUGGCCGCAGUUUGCCGUCCUGCCUGAAGAAGGCGCUGGUGGAGAAGUUUAAGCACUUCGGCGAAUACCAGCUGGCCAAAUACAACACCCGCAAACAUCGCUGCAAACACAACCGCAAGCGGGCCAAGCCCAAAGCUAGGAAACCCUCUUCUGAGCAGUUGAAAAAGUGGGCAAGAUACCUGGAUGCUGUUCCACGCGUGCUGGAGACAUUUAUAACGAGAAGUCUGCAGCGUCCUGUGGUGGAUAAGAAGGCGAGUGUGUUCAGUCUGAAGAAGAUGAUCCAGCGUUUGCACAUCCGGGACCCAGCAGAGCAUGUGAUGCCUAUACUGGGGAAGAGGUACCCGCGGGACGUGCAGGCGUUCUCCCGCAGCGGGCUGAGUGGGGCGUGGCAGAGGGAGCGGGCGGGGCAGCGCAUGAGACUGCAGCAGCCCGAUUCCUGGGAGCGCAGCCUGAGCCAGGAGGGGAACAAGGCCCGAACCUGGGAGGGGCUCAUAGACAGGAAGUCCCUGCCGUUCAUGGCCAUGCUGAGGAACCUGAGGAACAUGAUAUCCGUGGGAAUUAGCGAGACGCAUCACCGCCGGAUUCUGGCCCGACUGACCAAUAAGGAGGCAGUGAUCAGGAGCAGGCAGUUCCCCUUCCGAUUUCUCUCUGCCCACAAGAGCAUUCUGGAGCUGAAAAAAUUAGUGAAAGAGAUGCCCAGCUCUAAGGAGAUCCUGCGGAGCAUCCUGCUGAAAGUGCCCAGGGGCACGCAUAAGCGUUCUGUGGACUGGUACACAGCGGGGCACAAGAGGAUGAGGGUGGCCCUGGGCGUGCCCUUCGUCUCCGGAAUGUUCCGCAUAGAGAAGGCCCGACUGCAGAGGAUCAGUCCCAAGCGCUGUACCCCGGAGGUUCUGGCUCGGUACCAGCAGGCUCUGGAGCAAGCGGUCCAGAUCUCCUGCAAGUACAACGUGCCCCCGCUGCCAGGACGCACCCUACUGCUGUGUAACACGGACAUGGACUUCUAUACACCAUGGAGCUCAAAACUGGACUUCUGCUUCCCCCGUGACCCAGAGGACCCACAGGACCAAUCUGUUGACGAUCUUGAACCCAAAGCCCAGGAGGUGGCGCUGUUGAUGGCGAUGAUGAUAGGCCACUGCAGUGAGCACUUCGAGAUGCUCCUCGUCAAGAAUUGUGGUUUCGAAGAGGCGGAGCUAAAAUCGGACCUCUUAUUGGAUAACGUCUGGCACGUGAUGAAGCAGGUGAAGAGGCUGAAGGAGAAUUUGGGCAGACUGAAAGACUACAACGAGCUCCUCCUACACCUGGUCACCAAGAAAGCCAAGGUGGACACGAUAAUCUCUUUGACGGAUUGGUCUAUACACAGUGACCUGGAGCAUGUCUUGAACAAGUACCGGAAGGACAUCAACCCUGAAACCCUGCUCAUCACCAUGCACCUCGCCAAUAGGUAUGACUCAAAACGUGUUAUUUUUAAACAACGAUUGCCUUACCUUGACUUCAUAUACACCUUACCUUUAAAUAUGAUUUACAUGUAUUUCAACUGUGUGUGUGUGUGUGUGUAUCUGGUUGUAAAUUUCAGUGGGACUAGCGUUACAAUGGACCCCCAGAACAUAGACAGGAACGUUGUGGAGCUGCAUGGGUUCAGUGAACAGAUCCUCAGAUUUAUUGGAGAAAGAGGCUCUUCCAGGCUUCUGGAUCACGUGGAGCGCAUUGAUAAGCUGCACAGCAUCCCUCCACCAGAGGGAGCCAAAGACCAGAAUGGCAGAGACACUGCUGUCUGCUCCCUGCCUGCCACCCCCAAACUACGGUGGCGAGCGGUGCGCGUGUUCGUCUCCUCCACGUUCAGGGACAUGCACGGGGAGAGAGACGUGCUGGUGCGCCGCGUGUUCCCCGAGUUGCGACGCCGCGCCGCUCCGCACUGCCUCUACCUGCAGGAGGUGGAACUGCGCUGGGGCAUCACCGAGGAGGAGGCAGGCCGGGCCCUGGAACUCUGCCUGUCGCACGUCUGCCGCAGCCAGCUGCUGCUCGGCAUUCUGGGAGAGAGGUACGGCCUGGUGCCCCCUGCCCCUGCGCUGCCACCACUGCCACAGUACCAAUGGAUAAGCUCCGCCCCCGCCGGUCUGUCCAUCACAGAAAUGGAGAUUCGUCAGUUCCAGGAUCUUCACCCGGAUUCUGCUCAGAACCGCAUGUUCUUCUACUUCAGAACACCUCAGCUGGCAAGGUCUGUCCCGGUUAGCUGGAGGGGUGACUUUGCGGCGGAGUCGAAGGAUGCCGAGUCCAAAAUGGCCGAUCUGAAAAGCAGAAUUCUGCAAAGCGGAGCCAAAGUCACCGAAGAUUACCCCUGUGAGUGGGGUGGUGUUGCUGAUGGGAAGCCGUAUGUGAAAGGCCUGGAGCGGUUUGAGAAGACGGUGUUGGACGACCUCUGGGGGGCGCUGGUGGCGCAUUUCAUUGAGGAAGUGGACGAGACAGAGGUCACGGAACAGGAAAUGUUCCAGGACGCGCAGUCUCGGCAGUGUUACGGGCGGGACAAGCUGAUUGCCGCGGCGAUGAAGACCGUACAGGACGCUCAGCGCAGACAGGGCGGGGCCAGGGGCAUUGUGCUGGUGGAGGGGGGGCCCGGAGAGGGGAAGACCGUGUUCAUGGCUGCACUUGCCAAUGCACUGAGGAGCCCAGACAAAUCUCAGAAAGCAUCUGGCUGUGAUGUCAUCUCCUACUUCACUGCUGCCAGCCAAUCAGCACAGAGUGUGGAGCAGCUGCUGCGCUGCCUCAUCCAAUGGCUGAGGAAGAGGCUAGGAAAAGGGGAGGAGACUUGCCUCCCUACAUCUUAUAAAAACCUGUUGGCAGAAUUCCACACAGAACUCAAAGCCCUGAGUGAAGCAAGGAAGAGCCAACCACUGGCUCUGCUGGUUGAUGGGGUGGAGCUUAUACAGGAUGCCAGAGGCCAGCUGCGGUUUGACUGGAUACCACAGGACCUCCCUCUGGGUGUAUCUUUGGUACUGAGUGUCACCCCAAACUCAACCCUCCGGCACACUCUGGCAAAGAUGAAGGGUUCCUCUGUGUUUUCCUUGGGACCGCUUUCCAUGCUGGACAGAAGGGAGAUUGUUCAGACGGAGCUUGCGAUGUACGGGAAGAAACUGAGCGACUCGGCGUUUAACAACCAGCUGCAGUCGCUGAUGAUGAAGAAGGGUUCUGCCAGCCCGCUGUACCUACACAUGGCCUGUGAGGAACUGAGGAGCUUUGCCGUGUUUGAAAAGAUGAAGGACAGUCUCCAGUCCCUCCCUCAGGCAGUGGGGCCGCUGGUUAAGCAGGCACUGCUCAGAAUGCAGUCCCAGGUCAGGGGGCUCGGCUGGGCCCUGGCAGCACUGACCGUCAGCCACUGCGGACUGAGAGAAAGAGAUCUCUACGCAAUACUGAGCAUGUGCAGUGAGCUCUCUUCCGGGAGCGGAAUGGUCACAUGGCAGGAAAUGCUGAAGCUGGCCAGGAAGCCGCAGGAACGCAUCCCCAUGGCAACCUUUUCCCAGUUUUUCCGAACUUUGCAGAGCCUGAUUGGUCAACCCUACUCCCAAGGCCCGGAAGACUCUCUGACUUUGACCAAUCCUGAGGUGAGGUCUGCCUUUGAGCAGCUCUUCCUGUCAGGAGCGGGUGACAAGGCCAGAGCGCACAGCCUAUUGGCAGCACACCUCUGGACGCUCAGUGACCCUCAGGGAAAGGACACGUUUGUUCACUGCGAAGCGGAUGCCGUCAUCCACCUUCCCGCCCACCUGAUGAGCAGUGGCCAGAUGGCAGCGAUGAGCUUCCUGCUGUCCAGCUUCCACUUCCUGUAUGCUAAUGUUCGGCACGGACUCCUGCACCACCUCCUGGAAACCUACAGCCAGUUUGAGUCCCAGAAUUCCACCGCCGCUGACUCGGCUCCUCCCGGCAACCUGGAAGAAUGUCGCAGUUUCCUGAAACGACACGCCCCCCUGUUCUCCCGUUGGCCAGCUCUCUUCCUGCAGCAGGCGCUCAACGAGCCGGACGGCAGCGCUCCUCACUCCUGGGCCCAGGGCAUUGUGGGAAAUGGGCGACGGAGUGGGGCUGGGGGCGUGCGCUUGAUGAGGUGGCUGAAUAAACCUGAACAGCUCUGUGUGGCGGACAGCGAGCUGCUCUCCUCUUACCUGUCCAAACCCACCUGUGUGGCUCUGAGCCCUGGGCACACCUUGGCGGCCGUGGGCACUGAGAAUGGGUCCCUGCACCUCAUCCACAGAGAGACCGGACAGGAAGUGAGGUCAUUGGUCAGCAGCUGUGAUGGCAUCUCUGGGUGCUGCUUCCUGGAGGAGGGACUUCUGGCAUCCACCUCCUUUGACGGACGGCUGGAAGUGUGGGACAUCGAGAACGGUUGCAGGACUGCACACGUGGAUGCCCAUACCAACAGGAUCACAGGAUGUGAUGUCAGUGGAGACAGGAAGCGCCUGGCCACAGUCUCUCUGGACUUCAAUCUGAAGGUCUGGUCUCCAAACGGAACUCUGGUGACAGCACUGCUCAACCCGUGCCCUCUGAACUGCGUCACCUUUGACCCCGAGGGUCAGGUGCUGGCAGUCGGGGGGUGGGACGGGGGCGUCCGUCUGUGGAACUGGCUCCGUGGAGAGGCCCUGGGGACUCUCUCAGGGCAUCAGCAGUCCGUCCGAAGUCUCUCUUUCUCUCCCUCCACCUCUCUUCUCUCCUCUGGCAGUCUCUCGGGUGAGGUGAGACUGUGGGCAGUACCGGCGUUGUCCUGCGUGGGGUGCUAUAGGGCUCACCAGGGGUCCGCAGAAGUGCUGAACUUCGUGGAGAGAGGAGAGCUACUGCUGAGCGCUGGGGAAGAUGGUGUGGUCCAGGUGUGGUCAGGUGGUCUUGGAGAGGAAAUGGCCGUGCUGAAGGAGGACAAGGAUCAGCCAGAUUCUUGUCACCUGGCAACCACAGAGCCCCCAGCCCUCUGUGUUGAGGUUUCUGGAUGCCACGCUGCUGUGGGUUACCAUGGAGAUGGUGUGAAACUAUACAGUGCAGACUCAGGAGAGAGGCUAUGGAGCAGUGAGAACCUCAGGCAGUCCGUACACUGCCUGAUCUGGAUCCAGGACCCCGCGGCCAAGGGGGCGGAGUCAAGUGAGAGGGCGGAGGCAGAGGAGGCGGCGGAGGCUGGGGCAGGAGAGGAUAUGGAGGCGGAGUCGGCAAAGGAGGCGGGGUCAGGAAAUGAGGCAGGGUCAGAGGCGAGAGAGGAUACGGAGACGGAGACGGGGUCAGGAGAGGAGGCGGAGUCAGAGACGGGACCGGAGGCGGAGGCGGAGGCGGAGGCCGAGGCGGAGUUUCUGGUCACAGGGAGCGGGGACUCGCUCUUGAGGGUGUGGAGGAGGCUGGGGGAGGACCAGAUGGAACUUCAGGGCAGUUUCGGUGUUCAGCAGGGCCCCAUCCUCGCUCUGGCGCAGUCCUCGUCCCACCUGGCCUCCGCAUCAGAGGACUUCACCAUCGCCUUGUGGUUGGUGCAGGAUUUGACCUCUGACCCUUGGUGUGACCCCAGCCCAGUGUCGGUGCUGAGGGGUCACAGUGGGGGCGUGACCUGUCUGUCCUUCAGCCCCAAAGGGGAGGAGCUUCUAUCCGGUGGGAAGGAUCGGGCCCUCCUGCUGUGGCAGCUCGAGCCCCCCUCCCUCUCUCAGUCCCUCCUGCACUGUCACAGAGACUGGCUUACCGGCUGUGCCUGGACUCCUGUGGGCUCCACCGUGGUGAGCUGCUCCAGUGAUGGCAGAGUGUGUGUUUGGGAGCUACAGACAGGUUCCUGCAUCAGAGAGAUCCCCACUCCCCUUUCUCUCACCUCCCUCAGCUGCACGGGGCAGCAUGUGAUUGGAGGAUCACGAGAAGGGGAGCUGUUGCUAUGGGAGUGGCAGUCAGGAGUGGAGAUCAGCAGGAUUGCAGCACAUCGUGCCCCAAUCCAACACUGCAGCACCUUGCCCAACACAGACGAGGAGAAUCUGGUGGUUGCCACGGCAUCCGACGAUGGAACGGUGAAACUAUGGCGACCAUAUCACGUGCAUCAUCACAGCACUGUGUCGGGGCACAGCGGAGGGAUACAGGGCUUGGCUACCAGGCGGGAAGGAGUGCCGGCUUUCCUCACCGUCUCUGAAGAUUGCUCGUUGAGGUCCUGCAGUGUUUCCAUGGCGAUCGAGCCGCCUCGGUGGGGUGCCCCCACAGCCCUGGCCCUCUCUUCCUGCGGCGAGCUGCUCAUGUGCGGCUUCACCUCCGGCCGAGUCCAGGUGUGGAACCGCGACUCUGUGCUGUGCUCCAAAAAGGUUUCUGACUCUGAGGUCACUGCACUGGCCUGCAUGCCGGACAACCAGUUUGCUGUGGCCUGUGCAGACUGCUCUGUGUCGGUGUGGAGACUGGAUUGGAACCCGCAGCACCCCACUGCACAGCUGCGCAAGGUGUCGCGCCACACGCUGAAGUGUCCGGUGAAGUUCCUGUGCUUCUGCACCAUCCUGCUGGGCGUGUGUGAGAACGGGCUGAUCCUAAACGUCACCAAGCCGGGGAAUAAGUCCUCUGACAAGAUACGCUGCUGGACCCACGAGGUGCGCGUCCUCGGCCUGAAGCCCAAUGAUGACAUCAGCACCUGGCUGCUGGGGGAGAAAGACGGGAAGAUCCAGCUGUCCUUCGCCUUUUCGAUGGGUUCCAGCACCUCGUUAAGAACCUCAUUUGGCAACAGUGAGCUGAGUGCAGAAGAGAACGGAAGCCCAUCUGGGACACACAAGAAAAAUGUGAUCUCAGCCAUCACUAUCGACAGAGACUUUGUGGUGUGCGGGGACAACAAAGGGAACAUUUGGUUCAACCAGCCGCCGAACCCAUGUUCCUGGAGCAAUAAGAGACCGGCGCACAGCGAGCGGGUCACCGUCUUGAGGUUGACGGAAAGCACCAUCAUCUCGGCCUCCAACGACCGCACUGUCAAACUGUGGGACCGUCAGAGCAAGAGACAGGUGGGGGUGUUUGUGUGCGGGGGUCCUGUUGUCACUCUGGAGGUGAACCCCCUGCACCCCACUCAGCUGGUGUGUGGAGACAGGCUGGGAGGCCUCUACUUCCUGUCCUGGAUGGACUGAGUGACCGCAUAGUGCGAGGACUCACUCAUACGCACACACACACUCACACACACAUGCACACGCACGCACACACGCACACACACACUCACACACACAUGCACAC